AUGAGUAAUACUUCUGACCCUUGGUGGAUGCAAUGGGACCCUGAUACGGUCACUAUUCAUGAUGAUGAUGUGAGUGACGCCUGGAAGACUUGUGUGUUGCAAGGUGUCUAUUUCGGUGAAAACGAAUACAAUGGUUGGAUGGGUGCUCGUAUUUCCUCCAUCUUUGUUAUCUUGGUUUUGAGUACUUGCUGUACCCUGUACCCUGUUGUAGCCAAGAGAGUCAAAUGGUUGAAGAUUAACAAAUGGUUUUAUUCUUUUGCUCGUAACUUCGGUAUUGGUGUUAUUAUUGCUACUGCAUUCAUCCAUCUAUUGGACCCAGCAUAUGCAGAAAUUGGUGGUUUGAGUUGUGUUGGUAUGACCGGAAACUGGUCGAUUUACGCUUGGUGUCCUGCCAUCAUGCUUCUUACCAUCUUUCUCACUUUCCUAACUGACUUGUUCAGUGCUGUCUACGUGGAAAAAAAGUAUGGUAAAACACACCAACAUGAUUUCGACGAGAUCGAACAAACAAUCGUUAGUCCAGCCGAACCUGUCCAAGAUUUCGAAAGAAGUCAAGUGGAAGAAGACUGCGACCAUGAUCAUCAUUCCAACACAAAGGACAAGAAAUCCAUUGACACAUUCACUGAUUCCGAUGUUGAUUCAACUACCGCAGAUAUGUCCUUUAAGAGCGAGUUUGCAGCAUUUUUGAUUUUAGAAUUUGGUGUGCUUUUCCACUCCGUUAUGAUCGGUUUGAACUUGGGUAGUGUUGGCGAGGAAUUUAGUACCUUGUAUCCAGUUCUAGUCUUCCACCAGUCCUUCGAAGGUUUGGGUAUUGGGGCAAGAUUGUCUGCUAUCGAUUUCCCCCAAAACAAACGUUGGUGGCCAUAUGCUCUGUGCCUUGCUUACGGUUUGACUACCCCAAUCUGUGUUGCCAUCGGUCUAGGUGUUCGUACAACUUACAACGGCGAAUCUUACGUUGUAAACGUCGUUUCCGGUGUUCUUGACGCUAUCUCAGCAGGUGUUCUAAUUUACACUGGUUUAGUCGAAAUGUUGGCCAGAGAUUAUCUAUUCAACCCUCACAGAACAAAGGAUUUGAGACUUUUGUCUUUCAACGUCAUGAGUAUGCUAUGGGGUGCAGGUCUUAUGGCAUUGCUAGGAAAGUGGGCUUAA